ACCAUUACUGAGGUUGAGACGGGGGGUUAAACAAAGCCAGAGCCUCUUCCUGUCCUCUGGGGUUUCACGUCACGUUACGUUGUUGGGAUUUGCUCCGUAUUUGAGCUACAGCCGCCCUGGGUGUGAAUCCUGCAACUACGCGCUGUCCAAGCCCGACAUCCUGUCCCGCAUGGAGCGGGAUGAGGAGCUCUGCGCCGCGGGCAGCAAGGAGCCCCCGCAGGGGCAGGAGGCGCCAGCGGAGACGGACGGUGAGGAGGAGGAGGCGGCCUCGAGAGGAGAUGAAGGCCCCAUGGAGGCCGACACGGACGCCGCCGUGUCCAAGCCGGACGUCCCGGCCCCACCGGAGCGGGAUGAGGAGCCCUGCGCCGCGGGCAGCAAGGAGCCCCCGCAGGGACAGGACACCCCGCGGAGCCAGGAGAGGCCGGAGCCCCCGCAGGCACCUGCGGAGACGGACGGCGAGGAGGAGGAGGAGGCACUGGGAGGAGAUGAAGGCCCCAUGGAAGCUGAUGCAGGCCUGCCCAUCCUGGUGAUGAACGUGACGUCCCGGAGCGCUCAGGACGCGCCGCCGGGCAGGGAGCAGCAACCGGAGGCGGAGGAGGCCCCCGCCGAGGUCGGCGCCGAGGGGGGCUUGGCCCCCAACAACGAGGCUGCUGCUCCCCACGACGUGGAGGUGAAGGAGGAGGAGCCCGAGGCGCUGCCCAAGGUUUCCACGUCCUCUCGUGACCUGAAGAUGCAGAAAUGCUCCAAGAAGGAGGAGGCGAAGGCCAAGAGCAAGAAGAAGCCGAGCCGGUGCCCCAGCGGCAGCCUGCUCACAGGGACGUCCCCGCGCGGCUACGUGCGCGAGUGGUCGCACCCCUGCACCGAGUGCGGGAAGCGCUUCCGCCUCAAGAUCAACCUCAUCAUCCACCAGCGCAGCCACGCCAAGGAGGGGCCCUACGAGUGCGCCGUGUGCGAGAUCAGCUUCGCCGACAAGAGCCGCCUGGACCUGCACCAGAGCAUCCAUGCCGACGGCCGGGCCUUCGGCGCCAAGGUGUGGGGCAACGUGCACCCGGAGCUGCGCAUCCGGCCCAGGAAGAAGCUCUGCGGGGCUCUCUACGGGGCUGCCCCCGGCCUGGAGCACCGGGAGCCCUGGCUGGGCCAGGUGAAGAGCGAGCCCGACGCCAGGAGCCUUCCCAACGCUCAGUUCGCCCCGGGCCAGCGGCGCCGGACUCACGAGAAGCCGGUGCUGAAGUGCAGCAUCUGCAAGAAGAUCCUCUCCUGCCCCUUUUCCCUUCGGAGGCACCUGAAGACUCACGCCCGGGACAGGCCGCAUCACUGCAACGAGUGCAAGAAGUCCUUCACCCGCGGGACGCACCUUCGGCGCCACCAGCAGAUCCACGAGCGCCAGAGA